AUUACAAGUAUAAAACUAUGAAAGACAGCCCUUAGAUUCGAGGAGUGUUCAAGUGACUGACACCUUGUUUAGCUAAUAGAAUCAAUGUUUAUGGGCGGGGAUAGUUGUGGUCGGACCAAUCAAAACGCAGCACUUCACAUAAUGAGGAAGCAAUUUAACAACAACAGCAGCAAUGUUUAAUUGUUGUGAUAAAGUUUGGAGUUGGCGUGUGAGGAAUGUUUUAUGUUGAUUUUAUUUACAUGCCACCUUAAACACAAUAUUUUGACGUCCUUCAACAUGUGCAUUACUCUUCAUACAUGUCUUCUCGUCGUCGUUUACGCGCUUGCUGUCGUCGCGAGAAAAAAAGAGAGGCAAAAUGUCCUUUUUAUCAUUGCUGACGAUCUGAGGCCAUCCAUGGGUUGCUAUGGAGACACAACAGUAAAGUCACCAAACAUUGACCAGCUGGCGUCCAAAAGCCAUGUUUUUCUUAAUGCAUAUGCACAGCAGGCUGUAUGUGCUCCGAGUCGCACCUCCAUGUUAACAAGCCGCAGACCAGACACGACCAGGCUGUAUGAUUUCAAAUCAUAUUGGAGAGUUCAUUCUGGAAACUACACAACACUUCCACAGUACUUUAAAUCGAAUGGUUAUGAAACCAUGUCUGUGGGUAAAGUCUUUCACCCUGGCAUUGCCUCGAACCACACAGAUGACUACCCUUACAGCUGGUCCAUUCCUGCAUACCACCCUGCUUCAUUCAGAUUUGAAAAACAAAAGAUGUGUAAAGGAGAGGAUGGUCACCUCCAUGCCAACCUGCUGUGUGCAGUGAAUGUGACAGAGCAGCCUGGAGGAACACUACCUGACAUGGAGAGUGCUGAUGAGGCGGUGCGGCUACUAAAGACUCGGGUUGAUGGCGUCCCUUUCUUCCUGGCUGUGGGCUUUCACAAACCUCACAUUCCUUUCAGGAUACCAGAGGAGUACCUGCAUCUCUAUCCUAUUGAAAACAUGACGCUGGCUCCUGACCCAGAUGUCCCCAAGCGCCUUCCACCUGUGGCCUACAACCCCUGGACAGACAUUAGAAAGCGAGAUGAUGUCCAAAAACUCAACAUUAGCUUCCCCUAUGGACCAAUUCCUAAAGACUUUCAACUGCGUAUCCGCCAGCACUACUACGCUGCUGUGUCCUACAUGGACUCCCAAGUUGGACGUCUGCUCAAUGCGCUAGAUAACCUGGGGCUGGCUCAGAGCACAGUAGUGGUUUUCACCUCUGACCAUGGUUGGUCACUAGGCGAGCAUGGUGAAUGGGCGAAAUACUCAAACUUUGAUGUGGCAACACGUGUUCCUCUUCUCAUCUAUGUCCCCGAGGGUCCUGCAGCCCUUAAAGGAUCUUCCUUUCCCUUUGUUGAUGUUUUUAGCCAAUCCCAACGCACCUUCAAGAAUUAUACAUUUGUCGGCAAUAUGGUGGAGCUGGUUGCUGUUUUUCCAACAGUCUCCCAUCUAGCUGGCCUAAAAACACCUGUGCAGUGUCCUGAUGUUUCCUUGCAGAUAGAGCUGUGUACGGAUGGACAAAGCUUUGCCCACGUCUUCCAUGAUGAAGAGAAAAAAAAGAAUAACGAGCCCUUGUCUUUCAGCCAGUACCCACGUCCUGCUGACACACCACAGGAGGACUCUGACCUCCCUAACCUGAUGGACAUAAAGGUCAUGGGUUACUCUCUGCGCUCUUGGGACUACAGAUUCACUCUGUGGGUAGGCUUUGACCCCAAAACAUAUCAGGCCAACAUGUCAGACAUCCAUGCCGGAGAACUGUACCUGCUAGAAGAUGACCCCGCUCAGGACAACAAUGUCUAUAACGACUCUGACGGCGGUGUGAUGAUGAGGAAGAUCAACAGCCUGCCUCCUACUGUAAGCGUACAGACGAGGAUGGAGCUGCAGCUCCUCUACCUCACAGCAGGGAUAAAGAUGAACGAAAGGAGGCGUGGCCAUGACUAAAUGAAUUGCAACAGAUGACUUUAGAGUGUGUACAUGAAAUAAAACCCAGAAUACUCUCUAAAGUUGUAACAUUGUUUUAGCUUCAAAGAUCAAAUCUGGUCUUUUAUUCUACAAUAUUUGGCUGGCAAACACUGCUGCAACACAAAGUCAGCUUUUAACAGAUUUGAUAGAUUGAUAAUUAACAAUAAAUUAUUAUGUUAAUUUUACAAGCUACUUCCUAAGGUGAUUUGUCGUCUGAACACCUAUUGGGAACAAGAAUGAUUGAGGUUUGUAGGUGUUCCACAUUGUUGUAGUUCUAAACAAUGACGUGUCUAAAUAAUUAAGCAGUUCAGCUCAAUUUGUGGGCACUGUCAGGCUCAGGUGAGCGUUGCUUGCGACGUGAACCGCAGAUAGCAGACGACGUGCAGAUAAAAGUGGGGCGGUAUAGCUCGGUUGGUAGAGUGGCCGUGCCAGCAACUUGAGGGUUGCAGGUUCGAUCCCCGCUUCCGCUUUUCACUAUGUCAGGGGUCGGCAAUCCCUGAAAGAGCCAUAUUGGACCAAAAAUACAAAAACAAAUCUGUCUGGAGCCGCAAAAAAUGAAAAGCCAUUUUACAUACAGAUAGUGUGUCAUGAGAUAUAAAUUGAAUUAAGAGGACUCAAAGGAAACUAAAUGACCUCAAAUAUACCUACAAAUGAGGCAUAAUGAUGCAAUAUGUACAUAUAGCUAGCCUAAAUAGCAUGUUAGCAUCGAUUAACUUGCAGUGACCAAAUAUGUCUGAUUAACACUCCACACAAGUCAAUAACAUCAACAAAACUCACCUUUGUGCAUUCAUGCACAACAUUGAAAGGUUGGUGGACAAAAUGAGACAGAAAAAGAAGUGGCAUAAAACACGUCCUGGAAAGUCAGAGAAAGUUGUACAUGAAAACAAAUUACGGUGAGUUCAAGGACCGCCAAAAUUAGUAGGACAAAAUGGCGUUUGCCAAAUACUCGAAUCAGUGAAGCAUGUUUAAUAUAAACAGUGUGAUUUCAUAACUUUUAUGGACAGAAUUUCUAGGCGCAGUCAAGGCGUUGAGGGGAUCUGGUUUGGUGGCUGCAGGAUUAGGUCUCUGCU